AGCCUUUGGCCCAGGCUGCAGCAAGGCCGAGUGUUUUUUUGUGGGGUGCAUGGCGAAGCUGCCCCGUGCGCUGCCGGACAGCGGUGCCGCAGGAGCCCGCCGCGAAAGCGGGAGCUCGCGCCGUGAGUGAACCGCAUGCGCGCGGGCAGCCUCACUCUGCUGGACGCGUCGGCAGAGGGAACGAAUGUGGACGUCUUCGGUAUCCGCCGAAGCCCCGUGCGCGCAGCGGGGCCGCUGCUGGACAACCCUUGGCCUCCAGCUGCGCCCCCCGCCACGAAGCGGGCGGCGGGGGACUCGCCAGUUAGCGCUGCGGCCGACUCGGUGGCGCGACUAGGGCUGGAUCCGCGCGUGGUGAAGACGGGCUACGUGCUGGACGAAGCCCUCCCCGGCGGGGAGACUUCGACAAUAGAAUUCAAGUCGUGCAUGGACCGCCAAAGUGGCGACCAGGGUCAUUUUGCGAUCAGCGUGGUUACCGGAAAGGUUGCCCGCUAUUUGAGUGCUUUCUUGAACACCAGCGGUGGCGCCAUCCUGUUUGGCGUGGAGGACUCUGGUAGGGUCUCCGGCUGCUGCCUGACCGAGCGGCAGCGGGCGGCCUGCGUGAAGGCGAUCGACGCCGCGACCCAGUCGCUGGACCCGCAAGUUGAGGUGGGCGCGGUGAGCCACUGGUUCGCGCCCGUCGUCGGGGAGCCCGAGGGGAGCCUGUGGGUGCUGGUCGUCGUCGCCGAGCAGACGCCGGGGCGCCAGCCCGUCUACUACCUGAAUCGCAGCUCGACGGACGCGUGGAUCCGGCGGGCGGAGAGCGUCUACACGAUGGACGCCGCGCUGAUACGCCAGCGGGAGGCCGAGUUCAAGAGCAGCGGCCGCGAGAUCGCGCGCUCGUGGCGGCACCUGGUGUGGCGCGCCCUGCCGUUCGAAGAGCACAUGGACCUGGUCCGGUCCGAUGCGGACAUGGUGCCUCGCUUCUGGGUGUACGAGUCCCUGGCGGACAUCAUCAUGGGCAAGGAGCCGCCGCAGGGCCAGCUGGUGCUCCUGAUAGGGCCGGCCGGCACGGGCAAGACGACGCUCAUGACCAGCAUGGUCAAGGGGGGCCGCGGCAGGCGGCCCGAAGCGAGCGGCGACUGGCGGAACAUCGCCGUGGUCGCGCACCACUUUUGCAUGGCGGGCGCCCCGGAGACGUUGCGGGCGGCCGACUUUGUCCACAACGCGGCCGCCGCCUUCUGCACGUCUCCGUACAUGACCGCCUUCAAGCAGAGGUCGCUGGCCCGCGCCGCCGAGGUGCUCCGGAUCACGGAGCUGCCGGACGCGAGCAGGGCCUUCGGGCAGCUGCUGCGGCUCUGCAGGACGCUGGAGCAGCCGAGCCGGCGGCUGGCGUUCGUCGUCGACGGCCUCGACGAGG